AUGAGUGAGAAGUAUACAGGAACAACAAGACUUGAGGUUAUUGCUGUAUCAUAUGACGCUUUUGAUGCAAUCGAACCACUCAAGCAAUUAGUUGAAGAUCACGGGGCUUUCAAGCCGGAUUUGCAGGGUCAGCCAUUUCAUCCAGUGAAAAAAGUCUACAAAGAUGGUUCAUUUGAAUUCUGCUAG